CAACUCCCUUUACAAUGUUCAAUCAUUUGUCAACUUCUUCCAGGUAUAUACAUCUACUCAAAUAUUCGUAUGAUCACCCCUCUACGUUACCUGUUUUCUUCACCCACCUAGAACUAGAGAGAGAAACAGAAAAAAGAGGUGAGAGAGAGAGAGAGAGAGAUGAAGGCAUUCAUAGGUUUCUUCAUCGUCUUCAUCUUUGGCUUAUCAGCCACUGUGAAUUCACAAACAGAUUCCUGCAGCUCAACUCUUAACCUGCAGAAUGUCAAUCUGCCCUUUGAUGCAGCUUCCCUCAAUUGCUUUGCAGUUUGGGAUGCUCACAACUACAUCCUCAGAUACUCACAGACCUUAUCAAACCUAUGGACCUUUGUCCUCUCAGCACCAGCUGCAAAUUCAUACAUUGCAAUUGGGUUCUCAAGCAAUGGCCAGAUGGUGGGGUCCAGUGCAAUUGUGGGGUGGAUGUCCCCAACAGGAGGAGAGAUCAAGCAGUAUUACUUGGGUGGGACCUCACCUAACCUUGUGGAGCCCAACAAGGGGAGCCUUCAAAUUGGAAGCAACUUUUCCUUAUUUACAUCCCAGUCCAACAGAACGUACCUAGGGUUCCAAUUGGAGACCAACCAGCCACUAUCAAGGCUCAUAUACGCUGUUGGGCCAGAUGGGUUGCUGCCUGUGGCUCCAAACUACAGAUUGACUGAGCACAGUGACAAGGUGUCCACAUCCAUAAACUAUAUCACAGGUCAAGGUAAAUCGAGCGCAGAUAGUCCAUACUCGAGAUUGAGGAAGAGCCAUGGAGUACUAAACAUGCUAGGAUGGGGCAUUUUGAUGAUAAUUGGAGUAAUAAUUGCUCGUUACUUAAAACCAUAUGAUCCACUUUGGUUUUAUCUUCAUAGUUUCAUUCAAUCAUUUGGGUUUAUAUUCGGAAUAAUAGGUGUUCUAUGUGGAUUUGUCUUGAAUAAUAAGCUCAAUGCUGAUGUCUCCGCCCACAAAUCUCUUGGUAUCUUCGUUCUUGUCCUUGGUUGUCUUCAGGUUAUGGCUCUUUUGGUUCGACCGGAGAAGGAAUCGAAGGUUCGAAAGUACUGGAAUUGGUACCAUCAAGGAGUGGGAAGGAUUCUGAUCAUAUUUGCAGUAGCAAAUGUUUUCUAUGGAAUCCAUUUGGGAGAAAAAGGGAAGGGAUGGAGUGCUGGCUAUGGAGUUGUUAUUUCUAUCUUAUUUGUUACUGCUUUUAUUUUGGAGUUAAGAUUGUGGCUUAGAAAAUAAAGAGUGUUUGUGGGGGAGCACUUCUUUUUUAAUUAAUUACCAAUUAGGUAUUGUAAUUAGAAACUUUUAAUUUAUCAGACCAUGAAUUUGAAGGUCAGCUUA